CACCAUCGAGCAAAUUUACGUUGAAUCUAAUCCAAAUUGAUCCAAAUAUAGUUUCGAUUCGAUGUGUCCGAUCCCGGAGACCUAAUAGAGAGGGAAAAGGAGAAGGAAAGGAUAGAUCCAGGCCCAAACUAGGAAAUCAAUGAAGCCCUACCAAAGGUCCUGCUAAAGAAAAAAAAAAAAAAAAAAAAGGAGGCCUGAAUUAUGGUCCAUCAAUCAUAGCACGAAAACCCAAAUUGGAACGAUGACAUCCCAGAUGUUAAGCAACUGCAGCGAUGAAAUUCGUGGAAUGUUUUCUGAUGGUCUCGUCACAUUAUUUGUGUAAUUUCCCUAGCUGCUAAGCAGGUUGCACGCAGGCCCAUUGAUUAAGGUAGGAGGCCAUUAGUGUGGUAUUAUGAUGUUAAUUAUAUGGGAUCAAACUUUAGAACCCAUAGGAUCGACUAGCUAUAGCCAAAGCUACUACAUUGUACGUUUGUUGAUGCUGACCUUAAUGGAUAUUGCUGUAAUGCCACUUUCCAAUUAUUUAUGAUGUAUAAGUCUAUAUAGUCUACAUACAUUACAUACUGUGACGAAAAAAUAGUGGGAUUUUUUUCCCCGUAGAUUAGAUCAGAUCUCUAUAUUCAUUUAUAAGUAUGUAGUAAUGUAAGCUCUAUAUUUAUCGAUCGCUGCCUUUGAAUUGGUCGAUCUUCGAGUAUAAAAAUAUUGAGGGGUCGGUUGGAUGGGUUAUUGUUAUGAGUUAUUUGGUACCAAAUAACCUGUUUGUGUGCAAAAGGUUGUAAUAGGUUAUUUGUACUGAGUUAAUCUGAAACAACUUAAUAAUGAGUUAUUGAGAAUACCAUAUGGAGCAGUUAUUCUAAAAUAACUCUCAAAUACCACAAAAUUAUUUUCUCAAUUAUUUUAACUCUUAUAAUAACUCGUUACACAAACAACUCCUCCAAACAUAUAGAUGAGAAAUGAACCAGAGAUAUCUCUCCUCAAACUCAAUGCCUUUAUUAUUGUUGGGCUACUACAAGCCUACAACUAUGAAGAUUGUUAUUCGACCGCAAGUGUGCUCCUAACCCGCUGUGCCCACUCUGUGAGAACCAGGAGGAAACGAUUAUGCAUUGCUUCUUUCAUUGCCCCAAGGCGCUUGAGACUUGGACUCAGCUUGGGCUGCUUAAUGUGCUUCCUGUGGCUGACUCUUGCUUUGUGGAUUGGUUCUUUGGACUAAAAGACAGGGUUUCCGUUGGCCAGAUUACCAAGAUUGUGUGUUCCCUUUGGAACAUUUGGAUUGCUCGAAAUGGGUGGGUAUUUGAGAGUCGGGCGUUCUCUCCGUCCUCUGUGGCAAUUUUAGCCGAACGUGAUGUUUUGAAUGUCCAAGAAGCUAGGAUCGGAUCCUCAGCCAAUUUCUACUCAUGUCCAGCUGGAUUGCCUUCUCAGCCUGAGAGCUCUCGAUCGUCGACCUUAUCACCGCCUGGUCCUUUCUGUAAGGUUGUGCAUUGUGAUGGUUCCUUUGUUUCUGAUGCACAGGUGGCGGCUUAUGGGAUUGCUAUUGCAAACUCCCACGGUCAGGUUAUCGAUGGGAAGGCUGAGCGGUUCUUUUGUUCUUCCCCGCUUCAAGCGGAAGCGUUUGCGAUUCUUAAUGCAGUUAUCUGGGCGGCCAAGGACCCUGUGCCAACGUGUGUUCGCUCUGACUGUCAGAGGUUGACUAAUGCGUUGAGACAAGAUCCGAGCCUGUGGCCCUGGCAGUGUCGGGCAUCCCUUGCUCGUGUGGUUUCCAUUGUCUGUGUUUCUCCUUGGAUCACGGUUGAGUUUGUUCCUCGUCGAUUUAAUAAGGUGGCUGAUUGGAUCGCUAGGAACUCUCGCCUUGAUCUCCUUCAUCCGGAAUGGAUUUUCAUUGCCAACCUUGUCGCUCCAUUAUUGUAAUCGUUGUGCUCCCCUUGGUUGGGUUUGGAAUGAAAUGAAUGAUGCCUAUUGUCAAAAAGGUUCCGGAAUUUGAGUUAGGCCCUCUAUAAAAAAAAAACUUGAGUUAGGCCCGUUGAAUCAAGACAUUUGUUGAUGGUUUUUUAGUCCAAAUUAUAACGAGAGAAAAAUUAGAACCAAAAAAAAAAAGUCAUGCACCCUCAACUUAGGAAUCCUCCCGAACCAACACACUAAUGAACCCACCCUAAAAAUUAAAAGGAAGUUAACUUUAGAGAAAACUACAAUAGGACUUUACGUAUCACUUUAUGGAUAGCCAGGCCUCUCAUGACUUCCCUAACGACUUACACAAUUAAAAAGAGACGAGACAAGCUGACGACGCUAGCAUGGCCCACCUAAGGAAUCACCUACCACACCUUAGCGAAACUUAUGGAUCGCCACCUUAGAAUCACAUUCAAUGAUCAUACGGGAUAGCCUUUGUGAAAUGAAAAUCUCGAAUGAUUGACUAGUAAUGGCGAUGGAUAUUAUAUAUGCAAGUAUGCAAGCCAAGAGCACUUCUACUAUGCUAUAUAGUAUUGGUGCUUUAAUGUACAAGUUAAAGUUGUACCAUAAUAUUAAAUGUAUAAGUUUAGGUUGUACCAUAAAGCAAUUUGUACCAUUAUGUUAUGGUACAACUUUACAACUUGAAGUUGUACCAUCACAUAAAGGUACAAGUUCAAGUUGUACCAUAAAAGAAUUUGUACAAAAAGUAUAGGUACAAUCUGAAGUUAUACCAUAACAUAAACGUACAAUUUUAAGUUGUACCAUAAAGGCAAAAUCCUAUAGCACCAAUACUAUAUAGCAUUGUAAAAUUUCUCUGCAAGCCAAUCUAAUUUCAAACUCUAUUCCAAUAUCACGUAUGAAAAAGAAAAACAAGUUAGUGAGUAUUGCGGAUUUGUGGAUUGAAACGUAUGUCAAAGAAAAAAGUGGCACCAAAAAUCUUCUUCCGUGUGGAAAGAAAACAACUUUGUAAUCACCAACAAAAUUAGAUUGCUUCAAGAAACCACAUAACCAACACUAUUACUAAAACGCAAACCGUAAUCAAAAUGACCUAGUGAUAUAAUACAUCCUAUAUGGUUCCCAUUUCUCAGCAAAAACGUUACAUCGAUUUUGAUAGGUAAAAAUUCAUCGCCAUGCUUAAAUAGUGCUUAAGAGGUUUGGUGGGACAAUGAGGAGUUUACGAUAUGUUUCCUACCCUAUCUGUUUCUUUUCAUUCCUUCUCAUCCGACGAUUUUUCUGAUUGCUGGUUAAAUUGGGUUUCCUCUCCCUCUCGGUGGGAUAUGGGCAGGAUUGCCGUAAUUUUUUGUGCACCCUUUUUAAUAACAGUGAUAGCGAAGAUUUAACCACCAUAUCUUCUCGUCCCUACGAGCAUUAUUAAGUAAAGAAUAAAGAUAAGGGGAUGCAAGUGCAAUCAACGACGUAUAUAGGAAUCAUUAAUGACGAUUAGGACUUGAUCAACUACCGUUAACUGUACUUGAUCAAUAACUUCCUCCCUGAAAUGUAAAUUGCGUGAGGGAAUCAUCUCUUGCUUUUGCCCCAAUAUGGUGAGGAUAAACUGAACGAAAAAGCUGAUAAAUCUGGAAAGAUAAACUUACUUGAAUGAGUUUCCAUUAAUUAGGGUUUCCACUAAUACAAAAAAUUAUUGCCUCAAGUACUUUAACGAGUCAUAAAGGGUAUACAUGUCAAUCUUUGUCACGCAACGCAACAAUACAAUGAAUGAGUAGUACACACACUUUUUUUCGCACCAAUUUUUUGGCUGUUUGCUACUGAGUUUUAUGAGAAUGUUGAUGUGAUGGUGAUACUUAUGGAGUUUAGGGAAAGAAGAAAUAGUGGCAAUACCGUUCACGAUCGUUUCAUAAUCAACAGAAGGUCUGUAU